AUGGGGGUACGCCCCUUGGUUCGAAGGGCCCGGACGGUCUUUCAGCAUCUGCCGAGAGAUGGCGAUGACUCGGACGAGGAGACUGUUGAGCAGCGGAUUAUAGAGAACCGAUCGACGGACGAUUCGAUGCUCGGAUCGUGGAAUGAGAAACCCGAUCAGAAUGCGCAGCUUGGUGUGCAGGAUGUGGAGGCUGUGACUAUGACCUGGUCUAAGAAGACUUUGAUUGCGGUUUUCAUUAACAUCUGGUUCCUUUAUUUCGUCAACGCGUUCCAAGCCACGAUUUCCGUCAGCUUGAACCCGUACGUGACGAGUUCCUUCAAAGCGCAUUCCCUAACGGCAGUCCCGACGGCCAUUGGCGAUGCAUUCGCCGCAGCGACAUACCUGCCCAUGGCGAAAAUGAUGGAUGUGUGGGGUCGUGCAGAGGGGUUCCUCUUGAUGGUGAUUUCGCUCACCAUUGGCUUGAUCCUCAUGGCCGCCUGCCACUCUUUUGAAAUUUACUGCGCAGCGAAUGCCUUCUACUAUAUUGGGUUCUACGGUAUGGAGUAUGCGAUCGAUGUGGUGACAGCCGACGCCUCGAGUUUGCGGAACCGUGCCUUCGCCUACGCCUUUACUUCGUCGCCAUACAUCAUCACAGCGUUCGCCGGGCCGAAGGUCGCCGACAUUUUCUAUUAUCAAGUCUCGUGGAGGUGGGGCUUUGGUGCCUGGGCAAUCAUCACACCGACCUUCGCCGCGCCUCUCUACAUCAUGCUGAAGUACAAUCUGCACAAAGCCCAGAAAGAAGGCUAUCGGAUCAAGAGGCCGAGUGGUCGCACGUUUAUCGAAAGCAUUUGGCACUGGACAGUUCAAUUUGAUCGUGAGUGA